CCAGCGAUCCCACAGCGAUCCCAUAGAGAUCCCAGCGAUCCCAUAGAGUUCCCGGCAUGGGGAACAUCGCCUGCGUCCCGCAGGCUCCCGGCGGCUUCAGGAGCUCGUUCCGAAGGAAAUCCUCGCUGAAGAAGGAACAAAAUGGCAAGAAAAAGCUGCCCAGCUUUUUUGGGAUUGAUGGAAGCCAGGAGAGAGACACGACCACGGAUAAAAUCCUGCAGUACAUCCCAGCCAAGAUGAUCCAGAAGCAGGAAAACCAGAAGGAAAACCUGGACCAGAGGCUCCCCAGCCUGUUCAAGAAGGGCCGGAGGAAAACGAUUGUCAGGAAUUUGGGCCAGAUCAUUUAUUACUCCAAGGUCCAGUUCAAGUUCCAGCACUGCCAGGAGGUCAACAGCUGCUUCCUGGAGCUCUUCCAGUCCUACCUGUACUUCCAGUCCACGGCUCCUGACGGCAUCACCUACCAGGGGCUGCUGCCUCUGAAGGAGCUGCAGGUGCGUGAGCUGGGGGCUCAGAGCCCAGGGCUGCAGGACCACGCUUUCCACAUCUCAGGGCCCCUGCUGAACCCCCUGGUCGUGUUCUGCCCCUCGGAGGCCGAGCUCAAGCAGUGGCUGUACCACCUGGAGAAGCAGAUCCAGCUCUGUGGAGGGCGCCUGGCCCUGCCCCUGCUGUCCCAGAGCGGCCGCAGCCCCGGGCCCAAGGAGCAGCUGCUCUGGUCCGUGCAGAACCGGCCCGUGCAGGACUGGAGAGGGACCCAGCGUGAAUCCCUGGGGGAAAUCCUGUGUGUGUCCAAGGUGAAACUGCAGCACCUGCCCUUCCAGGAGCAGCACGACCGGCUCCUGGUGCUGUACCCCUCCACGCUGGUGAUCGUGUCCGAGGAGCCCCACGGCCUCUGCUUCAAGGGAGAGCUCCCCCUCAACGCCAUCCAGGUGCUUUUUGAGGAGAAGAACAAAACUUCAUUUCUGAUCGAAGGCCGGCUGAUAAACUCCAUCCGAGUGACCUGUCCCAGCUACCAGGACUACCAGGAGUGGCUCUACUGCCUGAAAACGGCGCAGUUCCGGAACGCUGACUCCUCCCUGUCGGGCUCCGAGAGCUUCUCGGGCUCCAGGCUGCCACACCCCGGCCAGGUCACCAGCAGCGGGAGGGGAUCGCUCAGCUCGGACGGCCGCACCAACUCCUGGGCGUCCGGCGGCAGAGUGACCACCCUGACCCAGCUGUCCCAGGCCAGUGGCUCCCUGUCUGACGGCCACUCCUUCCUGCCCCACCCCGAGGAGCCCCUCUCCCCUGGCUACUCCCAACCUCUGCAUAGCCUGGCCCAGCCCGGCUGGCACAGCUCAGGGCUGCCCACGCAGGAGCUGCACAGGGGGAGCAGCAGCAGGAGAUGCCAGGGCAGGAGCAGCGGGCAGCAGGACCCCGAGAGGAGCAGCUGCGGCCUCGGCCCCGAAAACCCCAAAGCGGGGAUGCAGUCCCCGGUGUACCACGAGCCCUACUCAGCACAGCCCCCUCAGCAGCACCCCAGACAGCAGCACCCCAAGGAGCAGCACCCCAAACAGCAGCAUCCCCAUCAGCAGCACCCCCUGGCACAGCUGGAGCUGGGCAUGAUCUCCUCCCUGCCCCAGGAACAGCUGAGCCCUUCUCUGCAUCCCCCAGGUGUCCCCUGCGAGCUGGCAGGUGCCAGCUGGCCCUGCUGGGACUCGGUGUCCUGCCACGACUACGCCGAGCUGCAGAGCUGCCACAGCGACCUGAGCUACGACAACCUGUGGGAGGCUGAGGGGAGGGGGCCGGGGUCCCCCCGCAGCUCCCCUGAGCCCUGCCAGGUGUGAGCAGCUCAAACCCUCGGUGGGAUCAGGGACCAGCCCUGAGCUCUGCUCUCCGUGUGCUGCCGGCUCCAGGGCUCCAAUUCCUGCCCCAGAUCUGGGGGUGGGGGCAGCUCCAGGCUCUGAGGGGCUGCGGGAGCACCCGGGAGAGCUCCCCAAAAACCGAGGAGCAAAAAGGGCCAGGCUGCCUCAGCUGGGAGGGACUCGCUGUUCAGAGGGAAAAACCAAAAACCUGCCUGGGUUUGGGGGUUCCUUCACAGCAGAGCCCCCAGCUCCUCUGAGGAGCCCCUGGGAGCUGCCAAGGAUUCCCCAGUGAGCUCUGCCAGGGGGGCACAGGUUGUUCUGUCCUGGCACACCAGGCUGGCAGGGACACCUGGGCUGCCAGCACUGAUUGUCCUGCAAGAGGAGGAUUGUCCUGCAAGAGCAGAGACUCCCAGCAUUGUCCUGUAACACCAGCACUGUCCUGCAAGCCCAGUGACUCCCAGGAUUGUCCUCCCAAAAGCCCAGGAUUGUCCUGCAAGAGCAGAGACUCCCAGGAUUGUCCAUCUGCAAGCCCAGAAUUGUCCUCCUGGAGAAUCAGAGACUCCCAGGAUUAUCCUCCUGCUCCCAGGAUUGUCCUGCAAGCCCAGGACUGUCCUUCUGGAAGCCCAGAGGCUCCCAAGAUUGUCUUCCUGGAAGCCCAGGAUUAUCCUCCUGCUCCCAAGAUUGGCUUCCUGCAACACCAGAGGGUCUCAAGAUUGUCCUGCAAGCCCAGGAUUUUCCUCCUGCAGAAUCAGAGGCUCCCAGGAUUGUCCUGCAAGAGCAGGAUUGUCAUCCUGCAAGCCCAGUGACUCCCAGGAUUGUCCUGCAAGCCCAGGACUGUCCUCCUGGAAGCCCAGAGACUCCCAAAAUUGUCUUCCUGGAAGCCCAGGAUUAUCCUCCUGCUCCCAAGAUUGUCCUCCUGCAACACCAGAGGCUCCCAAGAUUGUCCUCCCAAAAACUCAGGAUUGUCCUGCAAGCCCAGGAUUGUCUUCCUGUAGAACCAGAGGCUCCCAGGAUUGUCCUCCUGCUCCCAGGAUUGUCCUGCAAGAGCAAGGCUCCCAGGAUUGUUCUGCAAGCCCAGUGACUCCCAGGAUUUUCCUCCUGGAAGCCCAGGGUUGUCCUGCAACACCAGAGGCCCCCAAGAUUGUCCUGCAAGCCCAGGACUGUCCUCCUGCAGA